AAGAUACUAGAAGGUGUGAAGAGGAUAAGAAAACAAGAACAAGAACACAAGUACAAAUAGUUGAGCAGACACAUUGAACUCAACUCUUGUGUCUGUCUGUCUCUGUUUGUGUAGUGAAAAUGGCUGUUGCACUUUCAAGUUACUGUUCCAUGUUCUCUGUGUUAUCUUCUUCCACUGUCAAAUUCCGCUACUCACAUAGGCACACUCAUACACCUUCACAGAGACCCUUCAUUUCCAUUCGUUGCAGCCGCACUCCUUCCAAUUCUGACCCCAAUUUCAAAGGACAGAAUUCGUUGGAGGAAAGGUCCACUGGAGGGAAUGUGGUGCCAGCUUCUUUUAAGUCUUCAAGGAAAAAUAAGGACUUUGUGGUAGACUCCAAGGAUCAGCAGGGUGAAUCAAGUGUUUUACAAGAUUCGGCUUUCCUCAAUGCUGUUGUGAAGGUUUACUGCACGCAUACUGCCCCAGAUUAUUCACUUCCAUGGCAAAAACAGAGACAAUUCACAAGCACUGGAAGUGCGUUUAUGAUUGGAGGCAAGAAACUAUUAACCAACGCACAUUGUGUGGAGCACGAUACACAGGUUAAGGUCAAGAGAAGAGGGGAUGACUCGAAAUAUGUGGCUAAGGUUUUAGCCAGAGCUGCUGGUUGUGAUUUAGCUUUGCUUUCAGUAGAAAGCGAGGAGUUUUGGAGAGAUGUAGAACCUCUUAGAUUUGGACAUUUGCCACAUCUACAGGAUUCUGUAACGGUUGUGGGAUAUCCUUUUGGAGGAGACACAAUUUCAGUGACAAAGGGAGUUGUAUCUCGUGUAGAGGUUACAUCAUAUGCUCAUGGAUCAUCUGAGUUGUUAGGCAUUCAAAUUGAUGCAGCAAUAAAUCCUGGCAAUAGCGGAGGCCCAGCAUUCAAUGAUCAAGGAGAGUGCAUUGGGGUGGCAUUUCAGGUCUACAGAUCUGAAGAUGCUGAGAAUAUUGGAUAUGUGAUUCCAUCAACAGUUGUAUCUCAUUUUCUGACUGACUACGAAAAGAAUGGCAAGUAUACUGGUUUCCCUUGUCUUGGAGUACUUAUACAAAAGUUAGAGAAUCCUGCACUGCGAGCAUGUUUGAAACUACAGUCUAAUGAGGGUGUAUUGGUACGUAGAGUUGAACCAACUUCUGAUGCAAAUAAUGUAUUAAAGGAGGGUGAUGUGAUUGUCAGCUUUGAUGAUAUACGUGUUGGAUGUGAAGGAACAGUUCCAUUCCGCUCAAAUGAGAGAAUUGCCUUCCACUACCUCAUUAGUCAAAAAUUUGCAGGUGAUACUGCAGAACUUGGUAUCGUCAGAGACGGAACAUCAAUGAAAGCUAAAGUUAUUUUAAACCCACGAGUUCAUUUGGUUCCCUUUCAUAUUGAUGAAGGUCAGCCUUCCUACUUAAUUAUUGCCGGCUUAGUGUUCACACCUCUUUCAGAACCAUUGAUUGAGGAGGAACGUGAAGAUUGUAUAGGGCUAAAGUUAUUGGCAAAGGCGCGUUAUUCAUUUGCAAGGUUUAAAGGGGAACAGAUUGUAAUUCUCUCACAGGUCUUGGCAAAUGAACUCAACAUAGGUUAUGAGGAUAUGAGCAAUCAGCAGAUUAUAAAAUUCAACGGAGUUCGAAUUAAAAACAUCCAUCAUCUUGCUCAUCUCAUUGAUUCAUGCAAGAACAAAUAUCUGUGUUUUGAAUUUGAAGAUUGCUAUGCUGCUGUUUUGGAGAGAGAAGCCGUUGCUGCCGCAUCGUCAUCUUUGCUGAGAGACUAUGGUAUUCCAUCUGAAAGAUCUUCUGAUCUUUUGCAACCAUAUGUGGAUUCACAAGAAGUAGAAGGUGACCAACCACCAGACCAGGAAUUUGGUGAUAGCCCGGUUUCAAAUUUUGAAGUUGGCCACGAUGGAUUGCUCUGGGCAUAAUGAUUUUUAACCUGGAGAUGUCGUGUUAGUGUGAAAUUUCUCUUCGAGGCCAUAUUUGAAGCAUAUGGUCACAAUUUUUGGCAGCAAAAAGUCCAGCAACAGGAUGAGGAGCAAACUUGAUGUGACCACAUGAAUAGUUUCAUAGCUGCCAUCUGAAAAAUGCUUGAGGCGAUGAUUUGUUCUCUCUCUCCCUCUGUCUCAUAAAUUAUUUUAGAGAAGGGACGGGACUAUAGGCAAGAGCUCGUGGCUUUUUCUUCUAUGUAAUUUUUAUUCUUUUUAGUGUGACUCCUUGAUUUGAUAAACUUGGAAGAUCUCUUUAGAUUUGAUCUCUCAAAUUUUAUCCCGCAUUCUGUAUUUUGGGGGAAAUAAUAAUGCACAUAGGAGUGACUCUUAGAAGUUACAACUAUGUCUUUGAUGCAAUUAAUGCAAGAUUUCACUUUACAUUGUUAAGUUA